AUGGACUAUUGGUACCAAGUCCAACAUGAUUAUUACUUUCAAAGAGCUAAGCAUAAUAUUCUCACUUUUGAUGACAAGAACACUAAAUAUUUGCAUGACAAGGUUAAGUAUAGGAAAAGAAGAACUCAAAUUGAGUCUCUUCAGUCUGCUGAUGGUACUUGGAUUACUGAUGGGAGGAGUAUUGCUAGUGAUUUUAGGAAACAUUUCUCUACUAUUAGCAAAACUACUAAUCCUCCUGAUUGUGAGGACUUUCUCUGUGAUAUUUUACCUUGUAUUUCUCGGGAAGAGAAUGAUAUGCUUAUUAAAAUACCCACUAGUGAGGAUAUUAGGAAUGUCAUGUUUCAAAUGCAACCAUGGACUUCCCCUGGCCCUGAUGGUUACCCUCCGGGGAUUUAUCAAAAAAUGUGGACUGUUGUUGGGGAUGACACCGUUAAGAUGAUUCCUGACAAUAUAGUUAUGGCCCAUGAACUAGUUCAUUCUAUGAGGAAAUGUAAAGCCACUAAGGGUCUAAUGGCUGUUAAAUUGGACAUGUCAAAAGUCUUUGAUAGAAUUGAAUGGAAGUUUUUAUUAGUUAUUCUUAAGAAACUUGGGUUUCAUGAUGAUUGGUGUUCUAUGAUUAAGGAAUGUAUCUCUACUGUCUCUGCCUCUGUUCUCCUAAACGGCUCUCCAGGCAUGUUACAGGGAACAAAAGUCACUAAUUCUAGUCCUUCUGUUAGUCAUAUGCUUUUUGCAGAUGACUGUCUCAUUUUUGCAAAGGCAAAUAUACAAGGUGCUAGGAAGCUGGAUAAAAUUAUUAAAAGUUUCAGUAAGUAUAGUGGUCAAUCCAUUAACUAUGAGAAGUCAAGUAUGACCUUUUCCCCUAAGAUUGAUAGUCAAGUUAAGAGUCAAAUUGCUAGUAUCUUGAAUAUUAAAACUCUUGGUAUUAAGGGCAAAUACCUAGGAGUCCCCAUCCUUAUUCAACAUAACAAAAUGGAAACAUUUGGGGACUUACCAGAUAGAUUUCUAGAUAGACUGUCUAGCUGGAAAGGUAAGCAUAUGAAUCAACCUACUAGGACUGUGAUGGUUCAGUCUGUCUUAGGUACUUUAGCAUCUCAUCACUUGGUUGUCUUUCCCAUGCAAAAAAAGCUCACAGACAAACUUGAUGGAACUCAAAGAAACUGUUGGUGGAACAAAAAACAUGGUGGUAAAGGCUUAAUGCUAACUGAAACUGAUGCUGAAUGGGUAAAAUUUUUGAGUUCCAAAUACUUCCCAAACAACAAUCCUCUCCAUGCUAGUAGUGCAGAUGGGAGUUGGAUUUGGAAAGGAAUUGUUAGAGGCCUGGACAUAAUCAAAAAGUCCUAUUGUUGGGAGGUAGGUGAUGGUAAAAAGAUUUCUAUUUGGAAGGAUAUUUGGGUUCCAAGUAUAGCCACUCCCCUCUCUUCUAGAUUUAUGUCUAGUAAUAUGUUAACUGUGGAUCAACUUAUGAUACCUAAUAGUAACAGAUGGAAUCUAGAAGUUCUAGAAGCUCUGUUUGAUAGUAAUAUUGUUACUGAAAUAUAUGUAAAUGUAACAGUUCAGCAGAUAAAGAAAUCCAUCUUGGAAUGGAAUGAAAAUGUGGCUAAAUUAGCUGCUAAACAAAGUCAAGUAAUAAGGAACAUGCUUACUGUACCAUGGACAGUUCCAGCCGUGGGCUAUCAUAAAAUUAAUUUUGAUGCUUCUUUCAUCAAAGAAAAUAAAAGUAUGGGAUCUGGACUAAUCAUGACCAAUGAUGCAGGUAUCUUUAAAGGAGCCUGGUGCAUCCCAACAGUAGCAGAAGAUGUAGAGCAAGCAGAAGCAUUGGCAUUAUUGGAGGCAGUACAAACAACAAUAAGGGGUGGAAUCACAAAUAUCCAUCUGGAAGGAGACUGCACUAAUGUUAUCAAUGCUCUGAAUGGAAAAAUUGGAGCUGUUAAAUGGCAAAAUAAUGCUAUCAUUAGAGAUUGUGUUGAGUUAUUAAAAUUCUUUAAUAAUUGGGUGAUUACUUAUGUACCUAGAGAAACAAAUUGUGCAACAGACUUGCUUGCAAAAGAUGCAAUUAAAAUGCUUCUUCUUUUUGGAUUAGUGGAGCUCCUGAGUGGCUAA